GUCUCAACCUUCCUUUGAGAAAUAUAUGUAUGAUCCUUUAGGAGGCAGUGACCUUUGAGGAUGUGGUUGUGAACUUCAGCAAUGAGGAGUGGAUUUUGCUGAGUCCAUCCCAAAAGAACCUCUACAGAGAUGUGAUGGGUGAAAUCUUUAGGAACAUGGCUGCAAUAGGAGGACUUGGGGACAUCAAGGAAGCUGAAAAAGAAGGCAAAAUGUACUGGAGAUACUUAAGAAAUGACAAGCUAGGGAAAUCUUAUGUAUAUACAUCUUGGAAGCAGUGUAAAGAAGUAUUCCUUUGUACUGCAGAAGGUAAUGUGAAUGUGAAAGAAACAGAAACACACCACGAUGUUCAGAUCCAUGAAAAAUAUUGCAGUGGAGGGAAACCCUAUGUAUGUCAGCAGUGUGGAAAAGGUUUCACCAAAUCUGGACAUUGUAAGCAACAUGAAAGAAUUCACACUGGAGAGAAACCAUAUGUAUGUAAGCAAUGUGGGAAAGCUUUUACCAGACUUGAUUGUUGUAAGCAACAUCAUGAAAGAAUUCACACUCAAGAGAAACCCUAUGUAUGUAAGGAAUGUGGGAAAGCUUUUAAAACACAGGGAGAUUGUAAGAAACAUGAAAGAAUUCACACUGAAGAGAAACCCUAUGUAUGUAAGCAAUGUGGGAAAGCUUUUACCAGACCUGAUUGUUGUAAGCAACAUGAAAGAAUUCACACUGGAGAGAAACCCUAUGUAUGUAAGCAAUGUGGGAAAGCUUUUACCAGACCUGAUUGUUGUAAGCAACAUGAAAGAAUUCACACUCGAGAGAAACCCUAUGUAUGUAAGGAAUGUGGGAAAGCUUUUAAAACACAGGGAGCUUGUAAGAAUCAUGAAAGAAUUCACACUGGAGAGAAACCCUAUGUAUGUAAGGAAUGUGGGAAAGCUUUUACCAUACCUGGAUGUUGUAAGAAACAUGAAAGAAUUCACACUGGAGAGAAACCUUAUGUAUGUAAGCAAUGUGGGAAAGCUUUUAAAACACAGGGAGAUUGUAAGAAACAUGAAAGAAUUCACACUGGAGAGAAACCAUAUGUAUGUAAGCAAUGUGGGAAAGCUUUUAACACAUGGGGAUACUGUAAGAAACAUGAAAGAAUUCACACUGGAGAGAAACCAUAUGUAUGUAAGCAAUGUGGCAAGGCUUUUAACACACAUGCAAGUUAUAAGGUUCAUGAAAGAAUUCACACUGGAGAGAAACCCUAUGUAUGUAAGGAAUGUGGGAAAGCUUUUACCAGACCUGGAUGUUGUAAGGAACAUGAAAGAAUUCACACUGGAGAGAAACCCUAUGUAUGUAAGGAAUGUGGGAAAGCUUUUACCAGACCUGAUUGUUGUAAGCAACAUGAAAGAAUUCACACUGGAGAAAAACCCUAUGUAUGUAAGCAAUGUGGGAAAGCUUUUACCAGACCUGGACAUUGUAAGGAACAUGAAAGAAUUCACACUGGAGAGAAACCAUAUGUGUGUAAGCAAUGUGGGAAAGUUGAUACCAGAGCUGUUGAGGUCAUUGGACGUGAAGCUGGCACAAGAUCUGCCCCAGUGGCAUCACAGUGCAGCCAGGACUUGGGGGAAUAA